AUGGAGAAGGUGAACAUCGAACCUUGUGUGAAGAUGGACACCCAAACCCUUGACCUUCUCAAGAUAAGAGAUGAUGUCACAUGGUACAUAAGGAAGCUAGGCUUGAGCAAGCUCUUCAAGCUAGAAUGUAGUGAGUACUCACAACUCACCAAGGAGUUCCUCUCCACAGUAGCUCUUGCCUUUCCCAACCACAAUGGAGACCAACCAGCUGGUGAUGGACUCCUACUCUUCAAGAUAGGCGAUGCCAAUGGGCGCAUCUCCAUCUCAGCUCUAUGCCAACUCUUUGGACUUCCCAAUGAGACAGCACAUGACUUCAAGGAGAACUCAAAGAGGAAACAAGCUGCCUUUGCUGAUUGGACACACUUUGCCAAUGAACCAUUCUUGCCUUCAAGAUCAAAGGUGUCUAGAAUCACUCAUCCAGCCAUUCGCUAUGUGCACCGCCUCAUCUCCACCACUUUCCAAUGCAAACAAGAAGCCAACAAGGUCACAACCGAUGAGUUCUACAUCCUCACCACACCAUUCAUCAAGCAUGAGUACAAGGCCAACCUUGGCCUUUUACUUGCCAAGACAUUUAUCAAUGUGAGGAAGCUAGCUCAAGACUUGGAAGGCAACAAGAAGCUUUGUGUUCGUUUUGGGAGGCUUAUCACGGCCAUAGUACAACAUGUGGGGAUUGACAUUCCCAACUAUGAGCCACUACCCAAGCCAACCCCUUUGGAUCUCCAUGCCCUUCAGCACAUCCACUUCCUAAACCGUUGGACUAAAACCCAACUCGGUUUUGCUAUGAGUUUCCAAUUGGUCCAGCCAACACUUCCCUUGUCUUGCUGCCACAUGAAGAUAUCCCAAGCCUACGCUCAGCAUGCAGUCAAGACUCAACGCCGCCACCAAGAACGCCAUGUUCUCACUACUGGCAUGGCCGCACAAGCUCUAGACCGUGUGAACAAGCUGGAGAAGAUCGUGGAAUGCCAAUCUCGCUUCAUCUCACGCCUAGUUCGUGUAGUUCGCCACAUUGCACCGGAGAGACUCUUUCGCCCUUCUUCCACCGCUAGAGAGCCAUAUGAGCCUGACCUUGGUGAGUUCUCACUAGACUCAGAGCUUGGUUCAGAAGGCGAUGACCCCAUAGAUGAGGAAGAGAGUUCUUCUCACUGCCACACAUAG